AUGGCCUGGAGCUCGGGCUGGGCGCUGGUGCCGCUCGUGUUCAGCAGCCUCGGCCUAGCCGCCACCCUGCUCACGGCCGCCGUCUUCCUGCGCUUCAACAACACGCCCGUCGUCAAGGCGUCCGGCAGAGAGCUGUGCUACGUCCUGCUCUGCGGCAUCGCCGUCUGCUACGGCAUGACGUUUGUGGUGCUGACCAAGCCGACGGUGGUGUCCUGCACGCUGCUCCGCAUCGGACUCGGGCUCUGCCUCAACAUCUGCUACAGCGCUCUGCUCACCAAGACCAACCGGAUAUCACGCAUCUUCAAUAUGGGGACAAAGACGAUAAAGCGUCCCUCCUACACGUCACCCAAGUCUCAGCUGGUUAUCUGCGCUGGCCUCGUCUCCAUCCAGCUGAUUGGCAUCAUCGUUUGGCUGAUCCUGGAGCCGCCCGCCACCAAGGAGGUGUACCCCAGCAGGACGACAGUCGUCAUCACCUGCGGCAUCGGCAGCCUCUCGCAGGUGGUCUCCCUCAGCUACAACAUGGUCCUCAUCGUCCUCUGCACCUGGUACGCAUUCAAGACUCGCAAGAUCCCGGAGAACUUCAACGAGGCCAAGUACAUCGGCUUCACCAUGUACAGCACCUGCAUCGUGUGGCUGGCCUUCGUACCCAUCUACGUGACCACGCACGAAUAUAAGGUGCAGCUGGCCAGCCUGUGCAUCUGCGUCAAUAUCAGCGCCACGGUCACACUUCUCUGCCUCUUCAUGCCCAAACUCUACAUUGUCGUCUUCCAGCCAUACAAAAACGUGCGCCAGGUCGGCAGCAACAAUCAGGGCUCGGCCGGCCGCAGCGGGCACAUGCGGUUCGCGCGCACCCACCGCCUGCCGACGAGUGGCGCCGCCGCCCGCCGGACGGCGGCCGACACAGGCGGCGGACAGCUGACGGACCUGUACAAACGGCAGCUGGCUCCGGCGAACAGGGCCGCCCUGUGGAAUAGCAAUGUGGUGCACAAAUGUGUUAACUGA